AUGGCUCACCAGGAACCCGAAUCAGCAGAUUCUCGCAACAAGUUUGAAGAUCUUUCUGGAAUUGAUAACUCUGCGUUCGCAAAUCCGUAUGAAGCUUUACUCGAGGCGUGUAACAACGACCCGAAGGAGCUGAUGGCAACUCAGGCCCAAGUCCAAAUUCGGUAUGCCACGCACCGCGAUACUCGCAAUGCGCAGCAGAAAGAGAAACUGCUUUCUCCAGAGUUCACGGGCUUGAUCUUAGACCCGAUUCUUCAACGGUUGGUAGAUCCAUCUAUCCAGCCAGGUUAUGUAGAUCCCCGGAACUGCAUUGUGUUCUGGGCAAGACCGCCAGCACAUAUCCGAUCUCUUGUUGGCCAAAUACAGCAGAAACUUCUCUCUCUAGCUCCAAAACUCUGGCUGAUGCCGCUUCCUAAUUGCCAUCUCACGGCCCUCGAGAUAACAUUCUCCCUCACCCUCCCUCAGGUUAACUCCAUCGUCGCAGACCUUGGGAAUGUCGUGGCCCGGCAAAUGACAGACUACACCUAUACGCAUCGAGCCAGGCUCAUCAAGCCCAAGCUCUCCUAUGACGGUGCGGCUCUUGCCCUAUCAUUCCUGCCCGCCGCUGGAGAAGCUCUCUCGACCUCCUCUCCCGACGACAUAUCGGCCCGGAUCAAGAAAGAUGACAAUUUCACUUACCACCAUCUACGCAGAGAUCUUUUUGAUAUUGCAAGUAAGACAGGCGUAAAGGUAGAUUCUAGAUACGUGGUGCCGAGCUCGCAUAUUACUGUUGGGCGGUUCUUGACACAGGAAGAUCAUGAUAGUCCUGAGAAGAUGGCGAAGUUCAUCGAACUGAUUGAGGCCAUCAAUGAUUGGUUGGAGAAGGAGUUUUGGCCAAGAGAAGGGGAGAGGAGGAUAGAGGGAGAGUGGAUUGUUGGACAGGAGAAGGGUUUGGACUACAGGAUAGGGCCGCUUUGGUAUGGUGGCGGCGAGACGGUGAGAAUUGGGAAAGGUUUUUGA